GUGUAAUUUACCCAGUAGUAAUGGAUCGUUGGCAGAACCGUGUGGCUGCAGUAACCGGAGCUAGUGCUGGUAUAGGAUGGGCCAUAGCUAAAGGACUUCUUCAAUCUGGAAUGAUUGUGGUUGGCAUGGCAAGACGUGUUGAUAGAAUGGAAGAACUCAAAUCAACGCUUGCCGAAAAUUUGAAAGGAAGAUUCCAUGCUUGUAAGUGUGAUGUUAGUAAUGAAAAGGAAAUAGUAUCGGCCUUCAAGUGGAUAGAUGAUAAACUUGGUGGCGCAGAUGUGCUGGUGAAUAAUGCGGGGGUGCUUAAAACGGCACUACUCAUCGAACCCGGUAAUACUCAGAUUAUCCGCGAUGUUGUUGAAACGAACAUUAUAGGUUUGAUCGUAUGUGCACGGGAAGCUUAUCAAUCAAUGAAGAGACGAAACGUUGAUGGUCAUAUUGUUAACAUGAAUAGUGUAGUAGGUCAUGGAGUCCCGGUCGGAGUUGGUACUUUGACCACAUACAACGUCUACCCGGCAACAAAACAUGCAGUAACAGCACUUACUGAAACAUUCCGCAUUGAGUUGUUGAAUGAAAACAGCAGAGUUAAAUUGACGAGCAUUAGUCCUGGAGCUGUACGGACGGAUAUAUUUAAUGAUCCAGACUUAUUGAAGAAGCCAAUACCAUUUCUGGAACCCGAUGACAUUGCAAAUAGCGUAGUGCAUGUGAUUUCUACUCCAAAGCACGUUGAGAUCAAAGAGCUUACCAUCAAGCCGCUUGGAGAGCGAUUCUAAUGCUGAGAGAGAAAAUGAAGGCGAUUAGGUAUAUAAGUGCCAUAGGAUUGAAGCAUCGCAAAUAAAUAAAUAAACGGCAAUAAUGAUGAUUGCGCGAAAACAAGAAAUGAGUGAGUUCCCUGAUAGUUGAGAUACGUUUCUACAGUCACAAUUUAGUUUAACUACUUACAACAAUAUUCCCAACUAUCGGUACAUCCACCUUAGGUUAUGUACUACGUAUAUUCGCAGGCCCUUAGCACUUUAAGGUUGCCCCGUGACCUUUGAACAAUCUGAACCUUAAGCAUGAAGCGUCGUAAAUAUAUACGUUUAAGUAACUUAAAACUUUAGCACAGAAUUUGGACUGGACAAACAACAAACAUAAUCAUUUCAUUUUGUUUUAUACAAAAAAAAACAUGAACCAGCAUACGACUGAAAAUCUAUAUAAUAAAGAUGACCAUAAUCAUGUUUUAUACAAAAUAAGAAUUGAUUUGGAUACACUUUCGUCGUGUAUAGAAUUUUUAGCAAAUGAAGAACAUCAAUAUUAGAUAGGUUUAUGUACGCAGGAACACAUCACCAGAAAUUAAAAUAAAUUAAUGCUCAUUAACGAUGUACAUAGCGGCGCCGGUGGUGUAGUGGUAAGCGUGAUUACCUCUCACCCCAGCAGGCCUGGGUUCAAUCCCAGUCGGCGCCGCCGGGAUUUUCUGAGGCAUAGCAUCUCUGAUCACGCCUUCCUUCGGAAGGGAAGUAAAGCCGUUGGUCCCCGGUUCAUGAGUUGAUGGGUCGAUAGGUAGGGUCCAGGUGUGGGAGCUGCCUCUCUGGCGUCGGUAGCAUUGGUGCUCAGCACGAAAAACAAGAUCGACGGAAAACAAAUCAAAGAAAAAAAAAAACGAUUUACAUUA